AUGGAGAUUCUGCAGCAGGAGAUGGCGGCGCUUAAGAAGCGAGCGGUUGAUCCGACCUUCCCGGUGGACCGAUUCGUGCGCAAGUCGCGGCGCCAGAUUCUGCGCGAAGGAGUUCAGGGACACAUGGAGACGUUCUGCCGGGCGCUGUCCAUUAUGUCGGACUACACAUUGUGCAAUAUCCAAGCGGGGACGCCUCUGCAAGAGAGAAUCGUGCUCAAGAAGGAUUCCCACUCUCGCCACGAGACGCUGCAAGCGAUGAAAGAGAGGAAGAUCAGGAACGCCCAGCAUUUCUUAAAAAUGCGCCGCUCCAACCUUGAUCCGUGCAAGGCCUUGACGGAGGAUCAGCGCUUCGAGACGGACAGUGGGGGCUUUACCUCAACCCACUUCGCCAUCAUGCAGUUCGAGGGCGCGCAGAGCGUCAAGCAGGUCUUCGAUCUGGUUAUCUUUUACUUCAGCAACAUGGAGAUCAGCGUGUCCGAGAAGCUCGAGACGCUCGUCACGGUCCGCGAGAACGACGACGACAGCACCAUCGAGGGCAUCACGCAGAACUACCUCAUGUCCACGACGACCAACAUGGGCAUGAAGAUGGAGUCCAACACUAUCAUGUUCUCGGAGUUCUGCGAGCGCGACGACAUCCCGUGCGCCGACCGCGGCUACGGGAUCGUGGUCUCGGAGUUCGUCGACGUGGACGAACGCUACCCGUACCGGAGCAAUGAACGCGUUCGCAAGGAAGUGAAUGGCGUUAUCGAAGUGCGGGCGUACAACCGCCCGAGAGCAGACGGAGACAGCGACGACGAGCAGGAGAUGGUCGUCGUGAUGACUCGCUGGGUGCAGAACACUUUGCAUCGACCCGAGUUCCCCAUGGCCGUCGAAGGCUGGCGAGAGCUCCGUCACUCUAUGGACAGCUGGGGACUGCUGCUGCAUCGUACACUGCUCGAGAGUCUGCACACCCACGCGUAA